CAGCGGCCAUUUGAUCCGUUGGACUACGACUUGGAGGCGAGUUUCCGAUUGACCCGGUUUUCCGAAUUAAGAGGAUGAGGGUCUAAAGUCCCUCAGGAACUGCUCAGUCGGCUCUUAGAGGGACUUAAGUCGGUCACCGCUGGUCAUGACGGGCUCGCCUCCCAUGACUCCCAUCACCACAUCGACCAUCACAUCCACAAUCAUAUCAACCAUUCAUCCAAUGAUACGCAUCAACAGUACUUCCAUCAAGAGAUGGGUCUCCCGAAGAUUGGUAUUGGUAUGGAUUGUGCGGUAAUACCGAUACGACACGGAGGAGGGCUUGUGCUCAUACAGACUGUCGACUACUUCUACCCAUUAGUAGACGACCCGUAUAUCAUGGGGAAGAUAACGUGCGCUAAUGUAUUGAGCGAUUUGUACGCAAUGGGAGUCACUGAUUGUGAUAAUAUGCUAAUGAUAUUAGGCGUCAGUCAGAAGAUGACAGACAAAGAGCGCGAUGUCGUCGUCCCCAUCAUUAUGAGGGGCUUUCGGGACUGUGCUACAGAAGCCGGCACACAAAUAACUGGCGGACAAACUGUUCAAAACCCUUGGCUUACGAUAGGAGGGGUGGCGACCAGUAUUUGUCAGCCGUCUGAAUAUAUUAUUCCCGACAACGCAGUGGUCGGUGAUGUACUGGUGCUCACAAAACCUUUGGGAACACAAGUGUCGAGUAUAUCAUACCAAUGGUUGGAACAGUCGGACAGAUGGGCGCGAAUUAAAUUAGUUGUCACUGAAGACGAUGUGCGCAAAGCGUACUUGAGGUCAAUGGACAGUAUGAGUCGUCUGAAUCGUGUGGCGUCCCGACUGAUGCAUAAGUACAACGCUCACGGGGCCACUGAUGUGACGGGGUUUGGGCUCUUAGGUCACGCCCAGAACUUGGCCAGAGUUCAGAAAAAUGAAGUGUCUUUCGUUAUACACAACCUUCCAGUGAUCGCCAAAAUGGCAGCCGUCGCCAAAGCGUGUGGUAAUAUGUUUCAACUGCUUCAGGGACACUCACCUGAGACUUCCGGCGGUCUACUGAUAUGUCUGCCGCGAGAACAGGCGGCCGCCUAUUGCAAGGACAUAGAGAAGCAGGAGGGCUAUCAGGCCUGGAUCAUAGGUAUCGUCGAGAAGGGCAGCAGAAGCGCCAGAAUUAUAGACAAACCGCGUGUUAUCGAAGUGCCCGCUAAGGAGAAGGACGGAGAGCUUUGGUAACACUAAUCACUCAAUCAUUUCACUCACAGAAUGACCGACUUUUUCAUCAAAUCAAUUCGUUUGCAAUGAUUUUUCAGUGAUAGCCCUCUCCGGAGGUUCACUCAAAAUGAUGCCUCGAUUUCGAGCGAAUUAUAAACAAUUUUUUUAAUAAAUUCUUUAUAUUUACUAUAUUUAAAA